AUAAAGUUCAGACCGAAUUCUGGUCAGUGGUCAUAUUGCAUUGUGCUUCCGACAGCCAACCAUGGAUUCUCUACAGUUGCUAUUGGGAUUGGCACUGCUUUCAGUAUACGUGGCAGCUCAUCAUCAUCACGUAGAUGUUGAUUACCAUGCCCACCCCAAGUACAAGUUCAAAUACGCCGUACACGACCCGCAUACGGGCGACGUGAAGUCGCAGUGGGAGCAUCGUGACGGCGACAAAGUGCAUGGAGGAUACACGGUGAAGGAGCCCGACGGCUCACUGCGUCAUGUCGAGUACACCGCAGACAAACACAACGGGUUCAAUGCUGUCGUCAAGAAGGGACACGGUCAUCAUCCACACAAGUACGGGCAUGGACAUCAUUAAUAUCUUAAUUUUUCGUCGGCUCACUUUGAAACGUCAUCAUCCACACAAGUACGGGCAUGGACAUCAUUAAUAUUAUAAUUUGUCGUCGGCUCACUUUGAUACGUUCACUACAAAACGGGUUCAAUGCUGUCGCCAAGAAGGGGCACCAUCCACACAAGUACGGUCAUGGACACCAAUAAUAUCAUACUUUGUCGUCGGCUCACUUUGACACGUUCAGUACUAGACGACGAGCACAACGGGUUCAAUGCAGUCGUCAAGAAGGGACUUAGUCACCAUCCUCAUAAAUACUCGUGAUGAUCAUGAACAUCAUUAGGACACACCGAGAGAAAAUAUCUACAGUAAUUAUUAUUAAACAAAAAUCCAAAUUAAAUGCUGUAAAUGACAAAACGCCGGGCUGACAAAUAAUAAUUUUGAAUAGUAGCGCUCAUCGAUUUUCCAGCUGUUUACCCUGUUGUCAAUAUUUGCAGUUGCAGAAGUCUUCGGGGUGACAUAAAGCAUUUUGUUUGGUUUUUUGUUUGAUAAUAAUAUUAUAAAUUCAUUAGCAUUUGAAUAAUUACAACAUAUCAGUAAUUUCCAUCUCCAGGGAAUAUCUGGAGAAAAUAAUACAAAAACUGGAAUAAAAUUUAAAAUAAGUGCAGAAUUUAUGGAAAAAUUACCGUAGCUU